GGGUGCGAGCACGCUGUUUGUUCCCCACGCACACGCGCCCCAGGCCCCCACGCAGCGCACAGCACGCGCCACGCCCGAAACGGCCCGGCGCACCCUAGCCGAGCCGAGAUGCCAUCGGCUAACGUGCGCGCGGCGCGGCCUAGCGCCGACCGAAGGUUAAGUACGCUGGUGCGCCACCUGCUGCCUUCCUCCGCACGAACAACAACAGCAGCAGCAGCAGCAACAACAACAACCGCCACCUCCGCCGACUCAUCAGCCUCCCUCCGAGCUUUCCCCACCAUGGCGUCGUCCUCCGUCUUCGCCGGCGUCCCGCAGGGCCCGGAGGAUCCCAUCCUCGGGGUGACGGUCGCGUUCAACAAGGAUCCCAGCCCCGUUAAGGUCAACCUCGGCGUCGGCGCCUACCGGACUGAGGAAGGGAAGCCCCUGGUGCUCAAUGUCGUCAAGCGUGCAGAGCUGCAGAUGAUCAAGAAUCCGUCACUUGGUAAGGAGUACUUGCCAAUUACUGGGUUGGCUGAUUUCAAUAAGCUGAGUGCUAAGCUUAUCUUUGGUGCCGACAGUCCUGCUAUUCAGGAGAAUAGGGUGGUUACGGUGCAAUGCUUAUCAGGAACUGGGUCCUUACGCGUGGGAGGUGAAUUUCUUGCAAGGCACUAUCAUGAACGGACUAUCUACAUCCCGCAGCCAACCUGGGGGAAUCAUCCAAAAGUCUUCACCUUAGCUGGUCUCACUGCCAGGAGUUACCGCUACUAUGAUCCUGCAACCCGUGGAUUGGAUUUCCAAGGACUGUUAGAAGACCUUAGUUCUGCUCCUGAAGGUGCAAUUGUACUGCUUCAUGCAUGUGCCCACAACCCUACUGGAGUAGACCCAACCCUGGAUCAGUGGGAACAGAUCAGGCAGCUGAUGAGAUCAAAAGCAUUGCUACCAUUUUUUGACAGCGCAUAUCAGGGAUUUGCUAGUGGAGACCUUGACAAAGAUGCGCAGUCAGUGCGCAUGUUUGUUGCUGACGGUGGUGAAUUGCUCAUGGCUCAAAGCUAUGCUAAGAACAUGGGAUUGUAUGGAGAGCGUGUCGGUGCUUUAAGCAUUGUUUGUGGAAGUGCUGAUGUUGCUGUCAAGGUUGAAAGUCAACUCAAACUUGUAAUUAGGCCUAUGUAUUCAAACCCUCCUCUUCAUGGUGCCACUAUCGUGGCUACCAUUCUUAAUAACAGGGAUAUGUUCGAAGAAUGGACUAUUGAGCUGAAGGGCAUGGCUAACAGGAUAAUUAGCAUGAGGCAACAGCUUUUUAAUGCUCUGAACAUCAGAGGUACACCUGGAGAUUGGUCCCACAUCAUUAAGCAGAUUGGGAUGUUUACUUUCACUGGGCUCAACAGCGAUCAAGUAGCCUUCAUGAGGCAGGAAUACCACAUUUACAUGACAUCUGAUGGGAGGAUCAGUAUGGCUGGUUUGAGCUCCAGGACUGUAGACCAUCUUGCAAAUGCCAUAGAUGCUGCAGUCACAAAAGUGAAGUGAAUGAUAACAUGGCAAGUCCCUCCCAAAAUAAAACCUUUAAUCACCUAUAGCAGUGUGCUGAGGAUUCAACCAGUUGUGCUUGCUGGCUGUCCUCCUGAAAUUUGCCUUGUAGUAGACCAAUUAGACUCGUUUUUUGGAGGCAGUUCUGUACCAAAAGGAUUCCGAGAUGACGAUGAUUUCGAUCUCAUAAUAAGCUGCGCAUGUGGUGCUUUUUACCCUUGAACGCUCAUGUAUUUAUUCUGCAGCGCUCUAUAAUGCACAGUUUCGUUGUCUGUA